AUCAUGGAGCUGCUACCGGACACCCCGCUGAUCAAGAUGAUGCAGCACCUCGGCGUCGACGACCUGCUCGCCUGCCGCCUCGUCAGCAAGCGGAUCGGCGCCGCGGCCCUGCACCCGGACGCGUGGGCCCACCACCGGCUGGGCCUCGACCGGCUCCCCGCCGACGCCAACAAGUGCGUGUGCCCGGUGCUGCGCUUCGCCCCGCAACUCGACGCGCUGGGCGAGUACCUGACGCCGAGGCCGGCGCCGUGUCGCCUGGCCGACUUCCCCGUCCGCUGCGCCGUGGAAGAGUUGUGCGUGUCCGUCUGCGAGGACGCCGACGCCGACGCCUGGGCCGACACCUUCGAGCUCGUCCGGCGGCAGGCUGCGCUGGGCCGGCUCAAGAGCCUGACGCUGCGUCUCUACGGCUUGGCUCCCGGGGACACGGCGGUGGAGACGGUGGUGUCGACGCCCGGGCUGGAGCACCUCGACGUCAGAGUCGAAUUCACGUACGGGGGCCGAAUCGCCGAGCUUCCCGCCAUGGCCGCGCCCGCGCUGCACACCGUGCGGCACUUCGAGUGCAACCUGAGCACCAAGACGGAGGCCUUCGUCAACUCCAUCCUGGCCGAGCACGCCACCACGCUCGAGACGAUCAACCUCUCGGACCGCAACCGGGGCCUGCUCUCCCUGACUUCCACGGCGCCGCUGCUGGCCGCCAUGACCCACCUGCGGGAGCUCCAGUGCGGUGCCCUUCCCGGACUGCAGGCCCUGGCCGCCUGCGAGUCGCUCCGCGUCCUGCGCCUCACCCUCACCAUCGACGCCAGACACCAGGGCGUCGCCCAGGAUGCCGCCGAGCUGCUCCGGAACGCCGUCCAGCUGCGCGAGGUGACCCUGAGCUUCUGGCCCCCCGUCGGCUACUACUUCGGCGGUGAAGUCGUCGGCGGCGCGGCCUGCGUGGCCCUCAUCCCUGCGCUGGCCUCGUCCGGUGAAAGUCGCCUGGAGAAGCUGGUCGUCUACAACUCGAUCCGAUCAAUUUGGAGGCAGUGCGAUCAAGCGACGCAGCGGAGGCUCCAGCAAGGCAUGCCGCUUCGGGUACGAGAGCCCUCGCCCCUGCUCCAGCCUCUGAUGAGUGCGCUGCCCUCGCUGCGGGCCCUGCGCCACCUGAGCACGGACGAGGACCCCGACCUGCUGCUGCCGGCCGUCAGCCCCGCCUCGGCCCCGGCCCUGCGGAGCGUCGGCGUGACCCUCAUGGACGCGGACUGCGCCCACGCCUGGCUGCACGGCGACACGGUGCAGACCGUCCUGGACGCCAACCCCUCGCUCCACAUCGAGGUGAGCGCCCGGACACUCUGCUGCGGUGAAGCCCUCCGCGCCUCCUGCGAGA